CCCAAAAUCUGGAAAAUUGAUCCAUCUUAUCCAGUGGGAGAGAACGGGAGUCAUAGACCCCUUAUCUGCUUUCAACUUCGUUCCCCUAUUCCCUGUCUCUUGCUGCAGCCAUCUCAUUCCAAACCCUUCCAUGUUCUUUUCAGACAUCACAAAACCCUAACGCCCAAAUGUCAAUUCAUCUGGGCUGUUGUUGAACGCAGUCUCCGCGUACCCUUUUGUCGUUUCUUGAAGACUGUACAAUGGCGGCAACUUUCCCUUCUCUCCCCGCAUUGAAUUUCGUCAAGUCCUCGGGAUUUCUCCGAAAGAGAUGCGUUUCUUCCUGGUCGAGCAGACAUCUCACCGUUCUUUGUUCUUCCGGAAAUGUCGGCGAAAGUGAUCAAUCCCAGCUUCAAAAUAAGCAGAGAGGGGCGCUGUCAUCCUUGAAAGAAUGUGCGAUUUCCAUGGCGUUGACUGUCGGGUUGAUAACCGGAAUACCUACCAUAGAUUCGGCUCCUAGUGCAUAUGCAGUCGAGCCAGCAAUUCCGGACGUAUCAGUGUUGAUAUCUGGUCCACCAAUUAAGGACCCGGGAGCUCUUCUGAGAUAUGCAUUGCCUAUUGACAAUAAGGCCAUUAGGGAAGUACAGAAGCCUCUUGAAGAUAUCACAGAUAGCCUCAAGAUUGCCGGUGUUAAGGCCCUCGACUCUGUUGAACGAAAUGUGAGGCAAGCAUCUCGAUUGCUGAAGCAAGGGAAAAAUAUGAUUGUGGCUGGUUUCGCUGAAUCUAAGAAAGACCAUGGAAGUGAAUUGAUCGACAAGCUCGAAGCUGGGAUGGAUGAGCUGCAACAGAUUGUGGAGGAACGGAACAGAGAUGCAGUUGCUCCAAAACAGAAAGAACUUCUACAAUAUGUUGGAGGAAUUGAAGAGGAUAUGGUUGAUGGCUUCCCAUAUGAAGUCCCGGAAGAGUACCAAAACUUGCCUCUUCUCAAGGGUAGAGCCACUGUGGACAUGAAGGUCAAAGUCAAAGACAAUCCAAACCUCGAGGAGUGUGUAUUCCGCAUAGUUCUUGAUGGCUAUAAUGCACCUGUUACUUCCGGCAACUUUCUCGACUUAGUGGAGAGGCAUUUCUAUGACGGCAUGGAGAUCCAGAGAGCUGAUGGGUUUGUCGUGCAAACUGGAGAUCCAGAGGGUCCUGCUGAUGGGUUUAUCGAUCCAAGCACAGAGAAAACUCGUACGGUUCCUUUAGAGAUAAUGGCGGUAGGCGAGAAAGUGCCUUUCUACGGUUCCACCCUCGAAGAGCUGGGUCUCUACAAGGCUCAAACGAGGCUUCCUUUCAACGCAUUUGGGACCAUGGCAAUGGCUAGAGAAGAGUUUGAGAACAACUCCGCGUCAAGCCAAGUGUUUUGGCUGCUCAAAGAAAGUGAACUCACUCCCAGCAACGCCAACAUCUUGGACGGUCGGUAUGCUGUUUUCGGUUACGUAACCCAGAACGAGGAUUACUUAGCUGAUCUUAAGGUCGGUGAUGUUAUCGAAUCGAUCCAUGUCGUCUCCGGUCUAGAAAAUCUUGUUAACCCAAGUUACAAGAUUUCCGGUUAACAACCGGUUUAUUUUCCCAUGUACUACUACUACUCACGUUGCUCAUUUCCCACGUCUGAGAGAAUUCAACCGGUUUAUUCGGUACGUACGUUAUGGAACGAAGCUUUACUA